AGACCCAAGGGAUGCAAUCGCCCCUUUUGUGUUCAGUGGAUGUUAUUAUUUUGCUCACGGGUUACCGCUGUGGCUUCCUCUGACCUUGGUUUCCCACCCGGGGGUGGUCCCAUACUUCCCCCUAUGUCACACAGAGGGGACAUUGUGCCACAGCUGCUGCUGGGGGUUUCUCGCUUCCCCUCGCACUCUUGCUCUGAGUGUUGGGGCAGAGGGAGCAGCUCCCGCUUCUCCUUUAAUGGGGGGAAGUUUCUGCUCAGCACCAAACGUGCAGUUCUGACUCAGAAAGGGAGUGCCUGGGGGUGCCGCGAUGCUCCACAGGGUGGACAGGGAGCAGAACCCCGGGAUCCCCCGCGUGGGGCAGACCCAGUGCCCAGGGCUGGGGCAUUCCCCAUGCAGCUGCUGGGCAGCUGUGCGCCAUUCUCCUGCUAGAGAAAGCCCUGAGCUGCAGGUGACGUGGAGGAUGUGGGGCUGCAGCUGGCGGGGAUUUUCCUCACAGGCCCCAGAAGCCUCCAGCUCUGACUCAGCGCCCCAGGGUGCUCCCCAGGACCAACCUCUGCCAUGCAACCCCUGCGUGCCUUCAGUACGACCCCCGCCGUGGGGUCCUGAGGAUAUUGAGCCCAGCUGGCCCUAGAGAACAUAAAAGGGGAUGAGGCAAGAUCCUGAAACGGAGCUGCAAAACCCUUCAGCCUCAGCACCGUGCCUCUCAGCCCCCAUGAUCUGCUUGCUCCAUCCCAUCCUGGGGUUGGGGGACAGGGCUGCCCCAGAGCAUCACUGGGAUGUAGGAUGCAGCAUGCAUGCGAAUAUAGGAACGCAUCCCCUGGGUGCUGUGCCCCGUUCAGCCUGGCUGGGUGCUGUCUGGCUGCUCUGUGGUCCUUUGGCCCCGUGCUGGGGCUUCCCCGUGUCCCCAGCAGCACAGAGCCACGUGCGCUGUCCCCUGGGACCCCCAGCAUCUCGCUGUCAGCCCUUCCAGCAGAGAUGCUGAGGAGCACUGUCCCCUCUCAGCCCCCUCCCUGCCUGCACUCCUCUUUCUCUUCCUGUCCCCCCAUGGCUGUGGGUUGGGGGAACGGAGUGGGAGCCCCGGGAGCCAUCUGUGGGAGCCCAGGUGGUCGCCGAGACGCACCAUCUGCUGAGCCACCUUCGGGGACCGUGCUGGCGCUGCUGUAUUUUUAGGACGUGUUUCCUUCCCUCCCACCUGCAGCCUUUCGGUUUUCUAACAAGUUGUUUCUCUUGCUUGUGGCUGCUCUGACGGAGAGCCCCAGCCCCAGGGCAGGGGGUGGGCUGGGGGUGCACCCAAGCAGGGGCCACCCUGUGCACAGGGCAGGCAAGGCACACACUGAGCAAGCACCAGGACACCAGCAGGCAAGGGACGUCUCAUGCCCGUCAUUCCUGUGCAAAGAGCUCAGUGCUUUGCAGGGCUGCAGCCAGAGGGACGAGCCCCUGGGGUUGCAGCAUGCAGUGAUCAGCUGCACGGGGCUGCAGCAUGCUGUGCUGGGUUGCAGCACGCUGUGCAGCUCCCAUCUACAUGCUGCAUGGCUAUGCCGCUCCUGCCGUGCCACAGUGCGCUGUGCAUCAUCCUGCAUCGUGCCAGCCGUGCCGUGCCGUGCAGCUGCCCAUGCCAAGGCUGCAUUUUGCCAGCUGUGCCACACUGUGCCGCGCCGUUCUGACCGUGCUGUGCUUCACUGUCUGUGCCACGCUGCGUCUCAAUGGCAAUGCCAUGCUGCGCCGUGCUGCCCGUGCCGAGCUGCAGCGUGCCCACCCCUCACCCUGAGGAAGUGAAGCCGGCACAAAGGGGAAGUUGUUGGAAAGUCAGACCGGAAUGGCUGAUAGGGAAGGCAGAGCUGGGCUUGGUCGCAGAUGGUUCCUGUUGGGGAAGGACACGGGCGCAGCUGCCCGGCCUCCCCCCACCCGCCGCAUUAUCGCUGCCCGGCAGCUGUUCACCUUCCCCAUCGCCAUGGGAUACGGCGCUGCUGCCGCUGCGGGCCCGGCGCUCACACGAACGGCCGUGGCAGAGGGGCAGGCACCGUACGGGCAGGACGCCCCGCACUGCACCACGCAGCACUGAGCCCUGAGGCACGCAGCCUGCCCGGCGUGGCUCCUGCAGUGACACAGAGCCGUGCAGGAGCGGGCUGGCUGUGCCACGCACUGCUGGCACCGCACUGCUGCGAUGCCCGGGGGCACCUCCAGGCUUGACGGACACCCGUUUGGCAGGACCGGCCCAGGUGCCGCUCACCACCCGCCCUGUCCCCGCAGACCCCGCCGCACCACGGGCUGCCACCAUGCCCGACUCGCCGGCCGACGUCAAGACGCAGCCCAGGUCCACGCCGCCCAACAUGCCGCCGCCGCCGCCCGCCGUCACGCAGGGAGCCACGCGUCACCCCUCCUUCACACCCAGCACCAAUCGAGACGCUGUCCCUCCGACGUUUCUUCCUCGCGGCCGUUUUCAUGGUUGCUUGAAAUGGUCGAUGGUCUGUCUCUUGAUGAACGGCAGCAGCCACUCGCCCACCGCCAUCAAUGGGGCCCCGUCCACCCCCAAUGGGUUCAGCAAUGGGCCGGCCACCUCCUCCAGCGCCUCGCUGUCCACCCACCAGCUCCCACCAGCCUGCGGAGCCCGGCAGCUCAGCAAACUCAAGCGGUUCCUCACCACCCUGCAGCAGUUUGGCAAUGACAUCUCGCCUGAGAUUGGGGAGCGGGUGCGCACCCUCGUCCUGGGGCUCGUGAACUCCACGCUGACCAUCGAGGAGUUUCACGCCAAGCUGCAGGAGGCCACCAACUUCCCACUGCGGCCCUUUGUCAUCCCCUUCCUGAAGGCCAAUCUGCCCCUGCUGCAGCGUGAGCUGCUGCACUGCGCCCGCAUGGCCAAGCAGAGCCCGGCUCAGUACCUGGCGCAGCACGAGCAGCUGCUGCUGGAUGCCAACGCCUCCUCACCCAUCGACUCCUCCGAGCUGCUCCUGGAGGUCAGCGAGAGUGGCAAGAGGAGGACACCAGACAGGACCAAAGAGAACGGUUUGGACCGCGACCCCCUGCACCCCGAGCACCUCAGCAAGCGGCCGUGCACCAUGAGCCCGGCGCAGCGCUACAGCCCCAGCAACGGGCUGAGCCACCCCCCCAACGGGCUGCCCCCCCCCCCCGGCCCCCCGCCCCAGCACUACCGCCUGGAGGACAUGGCCAUGGCGCACCACUAUCGCGACACCUACCGCCACACCGACCCCCGCGAGCGCCCACGGCCCGCUGUGCACGGGGCGCGCCAGGAGGAGGUGAUCGACCACCGGCUCACCGACAGGGAGUGGGCAGAGGAGUGGAAGCACCUCAACAAUCUGCUAAACUGCAUCAUGGACAUGGUGGAGAAGACGCGGCGGUCGCUGACGGUGCUGCGGCGGUGCCAGGAGGCCGACCGUGAGGAGCUCAACCACUGGAUCCGCCGCUACAGCGACGCCGAGGACAUGAAGAAAGGCAGCCCCCCCUCCGCCCGGCCCCACAACAGCUCCUCCAGCUCCGAGGCACCCCAGUUAGAUGCGCACCGGGAUUUUGCACCGCGGCCGCUCUCAGGGUACAUGCCUGAGGAGAUCUGGAGGAAGGCUGAAGAAGCCGUGAAUGAGGUGAAGCGGCAGGCCAUGUCCGAGCUGCAGAAAGCUGUGUCGGAUGCUGAGCGCAAAGCCCACGAGCUGAUCACCACUGAGCGCGCCAAGAUGGAGCGGGCGCUGGCUGAGGCCAAGCGGCAGGCAUCCGAGGAUGCCCUCACAGUCAUCAACCAGCAGGAGGACUCCAGUGAGAGCUGCUGGAACUGCGGGCGCAAAGCGAGCGAAACCUGCAGCGGCUGCAACACCGCCCGCUACUGCGGCUCCUUCUGCCAGCACAAGGAUUGGGAGAAGCACCACCACGUCUGCGGGCAGACUCUGCAAGGGCUGCCGGCCCCCUCCGUCCCCACAGGCGUGGGGCAGCCCGAGGCGGUGCCCCCCAUGGCCAGCAGCCCCAGCGACGCCGGCUCAGCAGGCGCAUCUCGUGCCGGCACACCGGGGACCCCGGCGCCACUGGAGAGCGCAUCGCGCUGAGCGCGGACUGACGCCCAUGGCAGCUCUCUGCUCCCACACUGGGUGACCUCCGAACCGACCUCGAGCUCUCAGAUAAUCCUCACGGAUCCUCAAACUGGGCUUUACGUGGAGUUAAGGCAACUACCCAUCGUUCUCUGUUCUCUCUUCGGUCUUUGUUUUUUGGCUUUUUUUUUUUGGUUGCUUUUUUUUUCCCCCAUCCUUUGGGCUGUUCCUUGCUACCCGGUGGCUUUUGGCAUUUUUUUCUAUCCAUUUUUCUUUUUUUUUUUUUUCCCUUGUUUCUGGAUGAGGAGCUCACUCACAGGAAGAGGAAGAAGAUUUGUUUCUUCAUCUUCAUCUCUUUUUUUUUUUUUUUUGUAAAAAAAAAAAUAAAGAAAAUAAAAACAAACAC